UGCCGGGCGCAUCACUUCCGGAUCAAUUCUGCAGUAUCCUUUUUCCCCACCCUUUUCCCCCCCUUUCCCCCACUCCCUGAAACAUCAGCUGGGUGCGAGGAACUUGAACCCUCCUCGCCCACCGCCCCUUUUCUGCACACCCUCAGUGUCUCCGUCCACACUCAACUUCUCUGCCUCUCUUUCCUUGUCGCCCAUACAAAGGCUCGGACCUCACGCCCUCCUUGGGUUUGGAGAGCCCAACAAGCAAGCCAUGGCCGAGAAGAGGCAAGCCGGCGAGGAGGACGAGGGCGAAGUCCCGGCUUUCUUCAAGAACCUGGGCUCCGGCAGCCCCAAACCCCGGCAGAAAUUCUGCGGCAUGUUCUGCCCGGUGGAAGGCUCCCUGGAGAACAAGACCAUCGACUUCGGGUCGCUCCCGGGGUCCCGAGGAAGCGCCAAGGGGGGUGUCGUGGCCCAGCAGCGGGACGUGGCUCACCUGGGCGGCAGGUGGGAGUCGCCAGUGGAAGGCGGAGGAGGGGGCCGGAAGGUGGAGAUCCGGAGGUCCACCGGCAAAGAAGCCUUGCAGAACCUCAGCGACAAGAGCGAUCGCCUUUUGAUCAAGGGUGGCAAAAUAGUCAAUGAUGACCAGUCGUUCUAUGCAGACAUUUACAUGGAAGAUGGGUUAAUAAAACAAAUAGGAGAGAAUCUGAUUGUGCCGGGGGGAGUGAAGACGAUUGAAGCCCACGGACGGAUGGUGAUCCCUGGAGGAAUCGAUGUCCACACUCGCUUCCAGAUGCCGGACCAAGGAAUGACCUCUGUCGACGACUUCUUCCAAGGAACAAAAGCUGCUCUGGCUGGAGGCACCACUAUGAUCAUUGACCAUGUCAUUCCCGAGCCGGGCACCAGUUUACUUUCGGCAUUUGACCAGUGGCGAGAAUGGGCAGACAGCAAAUCCUGUUGCGACUACUCUUUGCAUUUGGACAUCACCGAAUGGCACAAAGGAGUUCAGGAGGAAAUGGAAGCAUUGGUCAAGGAUCAUGGUGUGAAUUCUUUCUUGGUAUACAUGGCCUUCAAGGAUCGCUUUCAGCUAACAGAUUCCCAGAUCUAUGAGGUCUUGAGCGUGAUUCGCGACAUUGGUGCUAUUGCUCAAGUCCACGCCGAGAAUGGUGAUAUCAUUGCUGAGGAGCAGCAAAGGAUCUUGGAAUUGGGAAUCACCGGCCCCGAAGGACAUGUUCUGAGUCGGCCUGAAGAAGUUGAAGCUGAAGCUGUGAACCGAGCGAUCACCAUUGCCAACCAAACCAAUUGCCCCUUGUAUGUCACCAAAGUGAUGAGCAAAAGUGCAGCGGAAGUGAUUGCCCAGGCCAGGAAAAAGGGCACUGUGGUUUAUGGGGAACCCAUCACAGCAAGCUUGGGCACCGACGGAUCUCACUACUGGAGUAAAAACUGGGCCAAAGCCGCUGCUUUUGUCACCUCUCCACCACUGAGCCCUGACCCGACCACUCCGGACUUCCUCAACUCCCUCCUGUCUUGUGGAGAUCUCCAGGUUACUGGCAGUGGCCAUUGCACCUUCAACACUGCCCAGAAAGCUGUUGGAAAGGACAACUUUACUUUGAUCCCUGAAGGAACCAAUGGAACUGAGGAAAGGAUGUCCAUCAUCUGGGAUAAAGCUGUGGUUACUGGUAAGAUGGAUGAAAACCAGUUUGUGGCUGUCACCAGCACCACUGCAGCCAAGAUCUUCAACUUGUAUCCCCGAAAGGGACGCAUUGCUGUGGGCUCCGAUGCUGACCUGGUUAUCUGGGACCCGGACAGUGUCAAGACAAUUUCAGCCAAGACUCACAACAUAUCUGUGGAAUACAAUAUCUUUGAGGGCAUGGAGUGCCGUGGGUCACCGUUGGUGGUGAUCAGCCAAGGGAAGAUCGUCCUGGAGGAUGGCAAUCUUCAUGCAACCGAGGGCUCUGGACGAUAUAUUGCCAGGAAACCCUUCCCUGACUUUGUUUACAAGCGCAUCAAAGCAAGGAGCAGGCUGGCUGAGCUGAGAGGUGUUCCCCGUGGCCUGUAUGACGGCCCAGUCUGCGAAGUUUCGGUGACGCCAAAAACGGUCACGCCAGCCUCCUCGGCCAAGACCUCCCCGGCAAAACAGCAGGCCCCGCCUGUCAGGAACCUGCACCAGUCCGGAUUUAGCUUGUCUGGUACAUACCUAUGUGCGCAGAUCGACGAUAACAUCCCACGCCGCACCACGCAGCGCAUUGUGGCUCCUCCCGGGGGCCGUGCCAAUAUCACCAGCUUGGGUUAAAGCGAUUGCGCCGUGGGAGGAAAGCUGUCCGCUUAGCGGGUCAUGGGAGAGGGUGGGGGCACUUGAAGACCCCUUUUUGCUUCUUUUAGAGCCUGUGACGGUUACUGCGGGCAACCAUCGGGGUAAUAAGGCCUUGUGGAGGCCUCGGUCCAGUUCUCCCCACCAUCUCUUUUUGUCGUCAGUCCCUUUCCCCUUAACGUUUCCACAGAAACCUACUCACUCCGCCAUUCGUACACAUUUGGGAACCCACCCCCUGUUUUGUACACAAUGGGAGAUGUGAAAAAAAAAUGGCAAACAUUGAAAAGUAGAACUUUGGCUUAUGUUACCAUCGAUAUUCAUUUCAUGUCUUUCUUUUUCCCCUUUCCAUUGUUCUUUUAAAGGAGGGAUAAAGUGAAUUUCUUGAGAGCUGCUGCUGCUGCUGCUUUUUUCUUCUUCACUAAAUGAAGGAUUGGGUUUAGUUACUGAAGGAAGGAAUACGGGGUCUAAACUGGAUGUUUCCAAAACUGGAUCCGUGAUCUCCUGACUUGAGAGGGAAACACGUUCAUAAUGAUCCAAGACCAAACCUGUUUAUUCCCUUCUUUUCUAAUUAAAAGAGGACGGUCACAUUUGUGCUGCUAAGUCCAUGGGGAAUUCCAAGGUGGUGGGAUGUAUCACAUAUUGUUCUGGGGUUUGAGUAUUCUCACUCUAUUCCGGAACGGAAGGAUUGUCUGUUUUCCUUUUUCAAAGUGUGUGUUUGCUUGCUCCCAUGUGUUGUGCUGUACACUGUUUUGAGAUGCCUUAUUUUAAAUUUGGAUUGUCCUUCUUGGUUUCUUCCCACAAGCUCUCGUCUCCCCAUGGCUACAACUUAUUACAGCCGUGUUGACCCAACUAUCUUUGGAUAUUGAGUAUUACUGUGUCAGCCCUUGGUUUUUGAGGCCAAACACUCACUUCUUCAUGUGUUUGUUCUGUGACUAUGUUUCUCCUGGUGGUUCCAGAUUCUAAGGAUCAUCUAUCACUAAAGAGUUACCCUUAGUUGCCCUUCAAUUGGAGACAAUCUCUUUAGAAAAAUUCUGAUUUGUGACAAAAAACCUAGCUGCCAAAUGGACCCCUUAAAAUAUCUCCUAGCUUCUAGAGCUCGUAGAAACUUAAAAAUACAUCUUAUUGUGGUUAUAGUAUUAGAGGGUUUACAGCAGGGUAACGUGGAGCUUUCUUGACGUACAAGCAUUGUGUUAGGCGCCUACAAAGAGUGAGAAAGUUUUGGAUCCUUCUCUCUUGCAUCCUCUUCAUUUAUUUGAGGAGGAGUAUUUCAGAGAUGCAAUCUCCAUGACCAAUUGUAUGAGUUGGCCAAUUUCGGUGUGGUUGCGUAAGGCUGUGUAUAUAUAGAGCAGGCCUGCACAACCUGUGGCUUUCCAGCUGUUUUGGACUUCAGCUCCCAGAAUUUCUGCUCGCUGGGCUUCUGAGAGUUGGGCGCACAAACACCUGGAGGGCCACAGGUUGUGUUGGCCUGUGAUAAGAGGGUACGGUUGGGGUGUAUUGUACUAAAUGGCAGUCUCCCUGACCUCUGCAUUCAAAACACAACUGGAUUACAUUGGAAUUGAUGUUCCAGAGCCAGAGCAUGUCUUCUUACAUUCCUUGUGCCACCAGUAGAAGGCAGCAUGUCAUGUUGAGAAGUUGCUCAUGCCCUGGGCUGUGCUUAAAUCAUUCCUUGCUUAAAUUGAUACAUCUCGCCCUUUGGGCUCAUGAGCCUGGCCAUUAGCAUGCUCCUUCACCUUGAAUAGCUGUUGCUUAUCAGAAUUGGUUGUUUCCAGUGUGUCCCACCAAGAUCUUCUGCUUGUAAUUGAUAAUAUGCAGGUACUACAUCAGUGGAUCUCAACCUGUGGGUCCCCAGAUGUUUUGACCUUUAACUUCCAGAAAUCCUAACAGCUGGUAAACUGGCUGGGAUUUCUGGGAGUUGUAGGCCAACACACCUUGGGACCCACAUGUUGAGUACCACUGUACUACAUGGUCCACCCUAAUGAGCAUUUGAAGAUUUUACAACUUAUUGUGAAUGUUCCAAUUUUCAACUGCUCCCUUGCUUCGUCCAUUCCUUACUCUGUUUUAUUUAACUGAUUUUUGUUGCAUGCUUUUAUUUAUUUUUUAAAAAAGGACCUUGCAUCCAGACAGCCAUUAAAAAAAUAUUUGGAAAUAAAGUAAGACGCAUCAAGGUUAAUUUGUUGGACUUUGUAUCUGUUGUUUGACAUGUGACCAUAGUGGAUGAUGGCCAGUCUUCCAACAUUAUGCCACAAUAACACAAUGUUUUGAAUGGUAUAUAUGUAUAUAUGUUGUGUUUUAUAAAACAUGGAUGGGAUCGAGGAAACAAAUCUGGACUGUAGAUUUUUCGGAGGCGCUCCCAAGCAGGAAGUUGAUAAGAGGGAAGUUAUGGGAUCACAGUGUGUUAGGGACUGAAAUCUUAGGGAUGGGGAAUGUAUGGCCUUCCAGCUGCUGAACUGCCAUUCCCAGCACCCUUUUCCAUUGCUAUUGGGAUACUUAGUCUUGCAGUGCAUGCUUUUCAUCACUGUUGUAAUGACAGAUUUACACAAUGUGUUGUCGAAGCCUUUCAUGGCGGAAUCACUGGGUUACUGUGUGUUUUCCGGGCUGUGUGGCCAUGUUCCUGAAACGUCAGGAAAGAAUGCUUCUGGAACAUGGCCAUACAGCCCAGAAAACUCACAGCAACCUGGAUUUACAUAAUGUGUUCAGGUGGUAGGCUUGUCGCUUUGGACCUUAGCUGGGAGAAUCUAUUUUUAAUGCUUCAUUGUUACGAAAACAGUAACCAAAAUAAUUGGGAACUUUGUUGGAAUCUUCCUCUUAUGAUAUUCUGGUUCUUUUAAUAGAAGAGACUAGGCUUGUAUCUUUAGUGAUGCAUUUUUAACAGGUCAUCAAAAAUAAUACAGCAGUGAUUCCCAAACGUUAGACUUCAUUUCCUAAAAGCCACAUCUUCCUUGGCCAGUGUUCAGGCAUUCUGGGAAUUGAAGUCCAAAAACCUUGGAAGACUAGAGUAUAGAAAACAAUGUAAUACAAUCUAAAAUGGCAUCGUUACAGUUUCUGUUAUGUAGAGCUAAAAAAUAACCCUGUUACAUUUUAGUUAUUUUUUAUUGUUAGAUGCCAACAUUUUAAAUAGUGCGGAUCAGUCAUUAAUUAUUUUGAGUCAUUGCUCCCCUUUUAAUGAAUUAAUUGACUUUGGAACACCCCUCCCCACUUGUAAUAUCAAGAAGCUAACUUAAGCAGUUUUAAUGUUAAUAUGGAAACAUGGGAAACAUUGGUCAUGCUAGUGUUUCAAUGCAUUGAUCAGUUUCUAGCACACAUCUGUUCCAGAUCCCGUCUCGUUCCUCAUGCUCAGCUUGUACCCAUAGAGUGCAUCUGGUCCUUUUUGGAUCCAUAUGGAUUGAUAAUAUACAGACGUCAGAUCCAUAUUUGUUCAUUGCCUUCUUCUGUUCUUGUUGAUAUCCCUGUUGGAAACCACAAAAUGUACCCCAGUUCCAUUUUCAAAAGGAUGCCAAGGUGUAUAGAAUUGAAGGCACGGAGAUUCCCCAGUUAUGGACUUUUGGCAAAUGUUUGUGCAGAGAGGAUCAACGAGAGGCAGUAGACACAUUUUUCGCUCCCUUUCCCCAUUGGUUAUAAAACACUUCUGCUACACCAGUGCAUUAUCCUGGAGGCAAGGUCAAAAAUGCAGAAAAAUGCCCAUCAAAUUUGGCUUCCUCGUCUUUUGUGCCGACGAAUGGCAGUUCAUCAUUCCAGACCGUUUCAGUUGGCUUUUAGUUCCUAUUCCUUCGUUGCUUAAGAGAUUGCACUUUUUAUUAAGUAAAAAAAUUUAGUUAAGUGUAAUAUAUAUAUAUUUGCAGCUAUUUUAAAAAUUUACUUGGUUUUUCCCAUUUGUGCUUUAAUGAUGACUUCAAACAAAGGGGUUUCUUUCUCUUUUGGAGAUAAGCAUCAGUAUUUGUUUCAAUUUUGCAAAACAUGCAGCUCUUGGCUAUUCACUUAAGUCUUCCUUCCCCCCCAUGUGCAUUGUUCAUAUUUUAGUCAUUUUUGUUCUUUUAUGGGAGGAGGGAAGUUGUUUUUUUUAAAGGAAAUGUUUGCAGCUAUGUAAGCAUGUUUUUUCUUGUGGGAGCUUGCUCGCUUUGUGUGUCUUGUUUUGAAAAAAACGAAUCCAUAUGUAAAUGCUUAAAAAGAAACGACGUUGAACAUGGAAUUAAUGUGCCGCAGUGACUUGAUGCUUUAAAGGGAAAAAAAGGAAAAAAUAAUUUUGAAACGAGAAUUAAACCACGUAGGAUUUACUGCUAGCUGGAUUUUAACCCUUGGAUUUGUGCUUUGUGAACAUGAGUGAAGGAGCUGUAAGUGCUAAGCUUGAUCAUGUGUGUAGACAAAAAAAGGAGUCCUGAUAUUUGGCCAUUCUCCCGAUGGUGCAAAUAACGGCAUAAAAUGAGUCUUUGUGUUUUUUCUUCCUUACAAACUGUGUUAUAUUACCAUGGGAACUCCUAAUAAAGACACAAUGUUGUUGUUUCA